AUGUUUUACUUCCAUGUAGCGGCACGACAGAAUACUUUGUACGAGCUCACGACUGGUUUCAAUGAACUUGUUGGAGACUACAAUGGCUAUGAUUCUAAUGUGAACCCUUCGAUAGCCAAUGCUUUCGCCACUGCUGCCUUUAGGUUCGGUCAUACCAUAGUCAAUCCUACCCUAUUUCGAUUAGGCAAUGAUUUCCAACCAAUCAGAGAAGGCCAUAUACCGCUCAAUAAGGCAUUCUUUGCUCCUGAACGGUUACUAUCUGAAGGUGGCAUUGACCCACUGCUCAGAGGCCUUUUUGCUUCUCCGCUAAAACUGCCUAGAUCAGAUCAGCUACUCAAUAUGGAGCUCACUGAGAAGCUUUUUGGACGAUUCCAUGAGGUUGCGCAGGAUCUCGCAGGCCUGAAUAUCCAACGAGGACGAGAUCAUGGUCUACCAGGCAAGUGUGGAUCCAGUCUCGAUCCUUAUAAAAGUCUAACUCACUCCAGAUACACCGAAUACCGUCGAUUCUGCAAUUUGUCCGUACCGGAAACAUGGGAAGAGCUGGCUGCAGAUAUCCAAGACAACACUACAAUUAUAUGGCCACCCGGGUACGCAAUUACACGCAUAACACAGCCAAAGAGAUCAAAGAGUUUAGCAAAUAUUGACCUGUGGGUUGGAGGAAUAGCUGAAAAACGUUUGCCAGAUGCGCUGUUUGGCCCCACAUUUGCUUGCAUCAUAGGAGACCAGUUUAGACGAUUGCGAGAUGGAGAUCGAUUCUGGUACGAAAAUGACGGCGUAUUUACGAAAUUACAACUUCAACAAAUCAAGAAAGCUUCCUUAGCCCGAUUGCUUUGCGAUAAUGGUGACAAUAUCGAUCGAGUACAGCCCAAUGUGUUCUUCUAUCCGGGUAACUCUACGAAAUUCUACGGAAAAUGCGAGAACAUUCCGGAAAUCAACUUGAAUAUGUGGAUGAACUGUUGCGAUUCGUCGUGUGCUACGUCACCACCACCAAGGUAAGG